UGAAUUCGAGACUGCUUGGAAUGCGCGCCAUGAACCGGGUGGCAGCUUCGGCCCGUGCUCUGCACCAGCAGACGCCUGUGUCGGCAGCUGGCGGUCUGUUUGGCAAGCUGUUUGGCGGCAAAAAGGCCGAUGAGCCGGCAGCGCCGUCGGCAGCAGUCGGAGACAUGAUUAGCAACCAGCCCGAGCCUGUGCGGUUCGAGCGGACAGAGAAGGAGCCGCUGAGGUUGCGGUUCCCGAAGCGGCAGUACACGACCCAGCAGCUGGAGGAUCGGAUCCAGCGGAUCCUGGCCAAGAACGACGUGGCGGUGGUCGAGGGCGAUUGGAAGGCAACAUCGCUGGCAGUAGGCGACGUAAAGCUGAAGGUGCUCGCUGACGUGAUGAAGCUGGCGAAGCUCAAGGUGACGAACCGGAUGCUGAACAACGUGCAGACGGCUGGCGAUCUGGUGAAUGAGCUGACGCAGAAGCCGGCGGCAAAGGAUGCAGGCCAUGUGGUUGCGCAGUUCUACAAGGAGCACGGCGAAGAGCUGCCGGCCAACAUGAAGUUUGAGCCAUUUACAAAGCAUGGUCGCAAGCUGCACGCGUACCAGUAGGCGACGUUGUAGAGCGAUAGCUUUUCGUUUUUCGUAGACAAAUAAGGAGCUGGUAGAGUGUUAUAGAGAGAAGUCCUAGA